UCUAUUCUCUCUCUAUGGUUCCAAAUUCUUACAGAAACUCUAUCGCGUCACACUGACAGACCCCACCCCAAUGGGAAGUUGGAAGGAGCCGAAGCCCGCGAAGGUGGAAGAGUGAAGAAGUAGAGGAAGCGAAUCAGCAAUGUACAAAACCAAGUUGCAAGUGCUUUGUCAGAAGAAUUCAUGGAGCUUGCCGGAUUACGAAACGAGCAGAGAAGGGCCCGAUCACAACCCUCGCUUCUCCUCCACCGUCACCGUCAACGGCGUUCCCUUCUCCUCCGCCUCCCCUUCCUGCUCUGCCAAACUCGCUCAGAACGACGCCGCCAUGCUCGCAUUCAUCCACUUCUCUCAACCAAACCCUACUCCUAUUCCCCUUCCUAUUCCCAAUCCUAAACCCAACCCUGUUCCUUCCCUACCUAACCUCCAUUCAUUUCCACAACCCUCUUUUGGCGCUAAUUCAACAUCAUCUUCCGCUUCAUCUGGCUCCAGCACUGAUGUUGUCAACAUGCUCCCCACAGACAGACGGUUACAACUAAAGUUGGAAGAAGCAUGCCAAACUUCUCAGACUAGUGGUCCCGUCACAGCUGUCAAAGAUGUCAUGAUAACACAAGAUCAGAAAAAUAUGUUACAUUUGUGCAAAAACCAACUGCAAAGCUAUGCUCAAAAGAGAAACAUAGGUCUUCCGGUGUACUCUUCUGAGUGGGAGGGGCCUCCUCAUGCUAUGAAAUUCAAAUGCAAAGUCACAAUUGAUGGACAGAGCUACGAGAGUCCUUCUUUCUAUUCUACAUUGAAGGAUGCUGAACAUGCUGCAGCUAAAGUUGCUUUAAUGUCAUUAUCACCAGGGGGAGUUCAAGAGGAUGUUACCGGGUUAUACAAGAAUCUUUUACAAGAAUUGGUUCAAAAGGAAGGAUUUCGUUUACCAGUUUAUAGUACCAACAAAUCUGGUCAGGCUCAUAUACCUAUAUUUGUGUCACAAGUGGAGAUAGGGGGGGAGCUUUUUACAGGAGAUCAUGCUAAAUCUAAGAAGCUGGCUGAGACAAGUGCAGCCAAGUUUGCUUAUACAGCUUUGAAAGAACGCAAAGCUAAUCAAGGACAAGCUCCUCAGUUCUCACCUAAGUGCUUAGGGGAAAAUGUCAUACCUAGUCUGCAGCACUAUGCGAAUAAAAAAUCACCUGUAAGCCAUGGCUCAGUCAUCCGGAAUCAACCUAACAAAGAUGAAGGUAAGUCAAAUCGCAGCACUCUAUCUCUUCAGCCAGCUCAUCAAGGAGAAGAUCCUAAGUUCUUAUCUGAUACAUCAGAGUCCAAUGACAUAACUGGCCUGCAACACAAUGCUAACCCAAAACCGCCUGUUAACCUUGGAUUUGCCACCCGGGGUCAACCUGACAAAGAUAAAAGUAAGUCAAAUAGGAGUUCUCUAUUUCCUCUGUCAGCUCAACAAGGACAAGAUCCUGAGUCCUCAACUGAUACAUCAGAGUCAAAUGUCAUAACUAACGUGCAACACACUGUCAAUCCAAAAUCACUUGUUAACCCUGGAUUAGUCACCCAGAGUCAACCUGGCAAAGAUAAAAAUAUUGUUACAGUGAAGAAAGGAUCUUCAACAUCUGGGAAUUCAAAUCACUGUUCAGGGGAUUCUUCCUUAUCAAAUGGCAAGUUUGUACCUCCAUUAUCUGGCAUCACCAACGAAGCUUCUGCGACCAGUGAUGCAUCUUCUACUGCAGUAAGCAGCUCAUCACCCAGAAAAAAGCUCGGUGUUUACUCACGGAAGACCAAUGUGAAAAUUGAAGAUGGUGGUACUAUUUUGCCGAUUAGCGAUGACAAAUGGGUUGCUUACUCAUAUUCUCAUUGAGAUAUUUGGAAAGCUACAAGCACCCCUGUAUCAUGUUUUGUUCCAAAAAAAUUAUGUAGAAAUGGAAUUGAGGGAGAUUAGUUAAUGUGCUAUGGUAAACAACAUGAGGUUUAUGCUUAUUUAUACACAUUGAUAACUGAAGGGAUUUCCUUGUGUUCUUAUUUUUUGCUUCUAGAUGUAAGUGCUAGCAACAAAUGAGAAAAUGAUCCACACACUUCUCACUGCUGUGCUGCCUCAGUCCACGACAGCUCCAUGAAAGGAUUUUUCAUGAUGAUUGGCGGAGCUUUUGCCUCCACCAUUUGAGGUUUCAUAAUUUUUCACCUACCACUCUGCAUUUUAUCAGCCUCUUCUGCCUCCUUCAAACCAGAAAUUUGUAACUGCACAUCUGCCUUACAUUUACUUGCAUGUAUCUUUGGUUUCUAGUUACCACAACGUUUGUGUGCCUCGUAAUUCAGAUUUCCAAUAUCCAAUGCACCUUAAUGUGAAAGGAAGUCAUUCUUCAGUUGAGUGAACCAACUUUCACAUUCAGAAAUCAAACACACAUCAUCGUUGGAAGACUCCUGGAACAGACCCGGCCACGGGCAUGACAGGUCCACGUUUUGAACGAAGAGGCUAUAGCAUGAAAGUUUGAUUUAGGACUUUGAUUUAAUUUUUAUUUAUCUCUGCCUGUUUCAAAACAUGUAGGCCAAGCACUGCCGACUCCCUUUCCACAGAGUACCUUUGUCUUUCUCGUCAGACAUAUUAAUCAUUGUCGAAAAUUCUGAGUCUCCUUAAAUCGUUUAAUAAAUCUGUACCUGAUUUAGUCUA